GCCGAGCUGUUCCCCUCAGAGUUAACUUUUUAAUCCCGCUUUUGUCGCCGUUAUCGGACCCAGGAGGAGGAAGGCGGAGGAGGAGGAGGUCCGGGGAGAGAAAAAAGGAAGAGAAAAAGUCAGUCAUGGUCUGAGGGUUUUUUUUUUUUAUUUUGGGGGUGGCUGAAAGCCGGAGCGUCUUCUUGCAAAAAUAAAAAGAAGAAGAAGCCCGUUGAUAUUUAACAGUGCAGAGAGGAAGAAGGAGAAGAAGAGGAGGAAAGAAAGGGGGGAAAGACCGGAGCUGAGAGAGAGAAAAGCGGGGCUGCAAGAUGCAUCUGGCCGCCGUGGUGCUGUGGGGCGCCCUGAUAACUUUCAGCCGGAGUCCAGGAGUCCAGGGCAGCGCUGAGUGUUCGUGUGGGAAGAACCACUUCACAUGUGCGGUCAGUGCGUUCGGGGAGUGUACCUGCAUCCCGGCCCAGUGGCAGUGUGACGGAGACAACGACUGCGGGGACCACAGCGACGAGGACGGAUGCAUGCUGCCCACCUGCUCGCCACUGGACUUCCACUGCGACAACGGCAAAUGCAUCCGUCGCUCCUGGGUGUGCGACGGAGACAACGACUGCGAGGACGACUCCGACGAGCAGGACUGUCCUCCCAGGGAGUGUGAGGAGGAUGAGUUUCACUGUCAGAAUGGAUACUGUAUUCGCAGCCUCUGGCACUGUGAUGGAGACAAUGACUGCGGGGACAACAGUGAUGAACAAUGUGACAUGCGCAAAUGUUCAGACAAGGAGUUCCGUUGUACGGAUGGGAGCUGCAUCGCCGAGCACUGGUACUGUGAUGGAGACACGGACUGUAAGGACGGAUCAGAUGAGGAAAAUUGCCCCUCAGAUGUGAUGACAGCCACCUGCAGCGUGGAGGAGUUCCAGUGUGCAUACGGACGCUGUAUCCUGGACAUCUACCACUGCGACGGAGACGAUGAUUGCGGAGACUGGUCGGACGAAUCGGACUGCUCUUCCCACCAGCCCUGCAGAUCGGUCGAGUUCAUGUGCAGCAGCGGGAUGUGCAUCAACGCCGGCUGGAGGUGCGACGGAGAGUUCGACUGCGACGACCAAUCGGACGAGAAGAACUGCACCACGUCCAUGUGCACGGCCGACCAGUUCCGCUGCGCAACUGGACGCUGUGUCCGGUUGUCAUGGCGAUGCGAUGGCGAGGAUGACUGCUCGGAUCGCAGCGAUGAGGAGGGCUGUGAGAAGACUGAGAGUCCUCCAUGUGCUCCUGAUCAGUUCCAGUGUGGGAACGGUCGUUGCAUCGGCCAGAGGAAGGUGUGCAACGAAGUCAAUGACUGCGGUGACUGGACUGAUGAACAUCCACACCACGACUGCCGGCCGCGCUCCAGCGAGGGCAACUGUAACCAGAAUAACGGAGGCUGCUCCCAGAAGUGUCAGAUGGUCCGAGGACUGGUCCAGUGCACCUGUCACACCGGAUACCGGCUGAUGGACGACGGCAAAACCUGCCAGGAUGUGGACGAGUGUGCAGAAGAAGGCUACUGCAGCCAGGGAUGUACCAACGCCGAGGGGGGGUUCCAGUGCUGGUGCGUUCAGGGCUACGAGCUCCGACCCGACAAGCGCAGCUGCAAAGCUCUGGGUCCAGAGCCGGUGCUGCUGUUCGCCAACCGCAUCGACAUCCGUCAGGUUUUGCCGCAUCGCUCCGAAUACACGCUGCUGCUCAACAACCUGGAAAACGCCAUCGCUCUGGACUUCCACCACAGCCGCGAGCUGGUGUUCUGGUCGGACGUGACGCUGGACCGCAUCAUGAAGGCCAACCUGAACGGCUCCAACGUGGAGGAGGUCGUGUCCACCGGCCUGGAGAGCCCAGGUGGACUGGCCAUAGACUGGAUCCAUGACAAGCUGUACUGGACAGAUUCUGGGACGUCCCGUAUCGAGGUGGCCAACCUGGACGGGACUCAUCGUAAGGUGCUGCUGUGGCAGAACAUGGAGAAGCCCAGAGCCAUCGCACUGCACCCCAUAGAGGGUAAAAUCUAUUGGACCGACUGGGGCAACACGCCUCGCAUCGAGUACGCCAACAUGGACGGAUCCAACCGGAGGGUCAUCGCAGACACACAUCUGUUCUGGCCCAACGGCCUCACCAUCGACUACGCAGGACGGCGGAUGUACUGGGUGGACGCCAAGCACCACGUCAUCGAGAAGGCUGACCUGGACGGACGCAACCGCAAGGCCGUCAUCAGCCAAGGCCUUCCACACCCGUUCGCCAUCACGGUGUUUGAGGACAGCCUGUACUGGACCGACUGGCACACCAAGAGCAUCAACAGCGCCAACAAGUUCACCGGCAAGAACCAGGAGAUUAUCCGCAACAAACUGCACUUUCCCAUGGACAUCCACACCCUGCACCCGCAGAGGCAGCCGGCAGGUGGCAAGAACCGAUGUGGAACCAACAACGGCGGCUGCAGCCACCUGUGUCUCCCCAGCAACAAGACGUUCACCUGCGCCUGUCCCACCGGCUUCAAGAAGGUCGACCACUACAACUGUGCCAACGGUCUUGACAAGUUCCUGCUUUUUGCCCGAAGGACGGACAUCCGACGAAUCAGCUUCGACACAGAGGACAUGUCCGAUGAUGUCAUCCCUCUGGCUGACGUACGCAACGCCGUGGCUCUGGACUGGGACUCCAAGGACGGCUACAUCUACUGGACAGACGUCACCACCGACUCCAUCAACAGAGCUCUGUGGAACGGCAGCAAGCAGGAGGUGGUGGUGGACACCAGUCUGGAGAGUCCAGCAGGUUUAGCGAUUGACUGGGUGACCAGCAAGCUGUACUGGACCGAUGCUGGUACGGAUCGUAUCGAAGUUUCCAAUGCUGACGGCAGCAUGCGGACUGUUCUGAUAUGGGAGAACCUGGACCGGCCCCGGGACAUUGUCAUCGACCCGAUCGGAGGCUUCAUGUACUGGACUGACUGGGGCGCCAACCCAAAGAUCGAGCGUGCAGGAAUGGACGCGUCCAGUCGCAUCGUCAUCAUCUCAUCCAACCUGACGUGGCCCAACGGACUCGCCAUCGACUACGAGACCAAGCGGCUGUACUGGGCCGAUGCUGGCAUGAAGACUAUUGAAUUUGGCAACUUUGAUGGCUCUGAUCGACAGGUUUUGAUUGGCACCCAGCUGCCUCACCCCUUCGGCCUGACAGUACACAAGGACAAGUUGUACUGGACAGACUGGCAGUCAAAGAGCAUCCAGAGCGCCGACAAACUCACGGGUUUGGGACGACACACACUGGUUGAAAACCUGGAGAACCUCAUGGACAUCCACAUGUUCCAUCGACACCGCGAGACAGUUCGUAACCCGUGUGAGGUGAAUAAUGGAGGCUGCAGCCACCUCUGUCUCCUGGCUCCUGCUCCCAAAGCCUCCAGCUGCGCUUGUCCCACCGGGAUCAACCUGCAGACGGACGGAAAGACGUGCACACCUGGGAUGAGCAGCUUCCUGAUCUUUGCUCGGAGGACGGACAUCAGGAUGGUUUCUCUGGACAUCCCCUACUUCGCCGACGUGGUUUUGGCCGUGAACAGCUCCAUGAAAAACACCAUCGCCAUCGGGGUCGACCCCAAAGAAGGAAAAGUCUACUGGUCCGACAGCACGCUGAAGAAAAUCAGCAGAUCCAACAUCAACGGAUCAGCACAAGAAGACAUCAUGUCCACAGGUUUGAUGACCACCGAUGGUCUGGCAGUGGACGCUGUUGGCAGGAAGAUCUACUGGACGGACACGGGAACCAACCGCAUCGAAGUCGCCAACCUGGACGGCUCCAUGAGGAAAGUUCUCGUCUGGCGAAACCUCGACAGCCCCCGAGCCAUCGCCCUCUACCACGAGAUGGGCUACAUGUACUGGACAGACUGGGGAGAACACGCUAAGCUGGAGCGCUCAGCGAUGGAUGGAUCAGACCGUGUGGUGCUCAUCAGUAACAACCUGGGUUGGCCCAAUGGUCUGGCCAUCGACAUGGCCGGAUCCCAGUUACUGUGGGCUGACGCUCACACUGAGCGCAUCGAGGCGUCCGACCUGAACGGUCAGAAUCGCCGAACCCUGGUGACUCCGGUCCAGCACCCGUAUGGUUUAACCCUGCUGGGAUCCUACAUCUACUGGACCGACUGGCAGAGCCGCAGCAUCCAGCGAGCUGACAAGAACACCGGAACCAACACCAUCACAGUGAGAGCCAACCUGCCAGGACUGAUGGACAUCCAGGCUGUGGACAGAGAGAGGCCGCUGGGUUUUAAUAAGUGUGGCAGGAGGAACGGAGGUUGCACUCACCUCUGCCUACCUCGUCCCAACGGCACUUCCUGCGCCUGUCCCACCGGCAUCCUGCUGAAGGGUGAUGGCCGGUCGUGUGACGACUCCCCAGAGACGUACCUGCUGUUCUCCAACCGGGUCAGCGUUCGCAGGAUCUCCCUGGACACCAGCGACCACACCGACGUUCAUGUACCGGUUCCCGAGCUGCACAACGUCAUCUCUCUGGACUACGACAGCGUGGACGGAAAGAUUUACUACACAGACGUCACGCUGGAUGUUAUCAGACGAGUAAACCUGGAUGGCAGCGAUAUGGAGACGGUGAUCAGUCAGGGCCUGAAAACCACAGAUGGACUCGCUGUGGACUGGGUGGCCAGAAACAUGUACUGGACCGACACCGGGCGUAACACCAUUGAGGUGGCCCGUCUGGAUGGAACCAGCCGCAAAGUUCUGGUCAACAACAGUCUGGAUGAACCCCGAGCCAUCGCAGUGUUUCCCAGCAAAGGGUUCCUCUUCUGGACAGACUGGGGCCACAUUGCAAAGAUUGAGCGAUCUCACCUGGACGGCUCUGACCGAAAGGUUCUGAUCAACACGGACCUGGGAUGGCCCAACGGCCUCACGCUGGACUACGACACAAGAAGGAUCUUCUGGGUGGACGCCCACUUGGACCGCAUCGAGAGCUCAGACCUGAACGGCAAAUUGCGUCAGGUCCUCGUCAGCCCCGUGUCCCACCCGUUCGCCCUCACUCAGUUGAAGCCGGUGUCCUCCCCUCUAACUCCUUUCUCCCGACUCUCGCAGCAAGACCGUUGGAUCUACUGGACGGACUGGCAGACUAAGUCCAUCCAGCGGGUGGACAAACACACGGGCCGCAACAAGGAAACUGUGCUGGCCAAUGUGGAGGGUCUCAUGGACAUUAUAGUGGUAUCUCCUCACAGACAGACAGGUACCAACCUCUGUGGGGUAAAUAACGGCGGCUGCACUCACCUCUGCUUUGCUAAGACCAAUAGUUUUGUUUGUGCCUGUCCUGAUGAACCAGAUGGGCGACCCUGUUCAACAAUUUCAGGUUACAUCCCAACUUCUCCUUCCAGAGGAACCAGCAGCACCCCCGUCCCCAACAAGAUCCCCAAAGGUCCAACAGAUACUCCACACAGAGGACCUUCACUGGUCAACUGCACUGACAAGAUAAACGCUGAAGGCUGCUUGAACACUGUGGUUACGGCUCCUCACGGAGAAGGACUUCAUAUCAGCUAUGUGAUCGGUGGAGUUCUGACCAUCCUGGCGAUUCUGAUCCUCAUUGCUGCUUUGAUUAUUUACAGACAUAAAAAGUCAAAGUUUGCUGACCCUGGAGUGAGCAACCUGACCUACAGUAACCCCUCCUACCGGACGUCCACACAAGAGGUGAAGAUCGAGACGUCGCAGAAGCCUCCGAUAUACAACCAGCUUCGAUAUAAGAAAGAGGGGGGAGUGGACGGAGGCUACACCAAGGAGAAGAUCCGCAUUGUGGAGGGCGUGUGUCUCCUGUCCAAUGAGGAGCUUUACUGGGACGACCUAAAACAGAUCAAACCGUCCCGAGGCGGCCUGCACACCUGCAUGCGUACGGACACCGUGUCCCUGCAGGCCAGCAGCGCCUCGCUAGACGACGGCGAGACGGAGCAGCUCCUGCAGGAGGAGGCGUCCGAGUGCUCCUCCAUAACCACCCUGACCCCCUCGGCCAUCACCCCGCAGCGUCACGCCCAGCACAGCCUCCCCGACACCGGCUGGGCCUCCAUACGCAAACCCUCCACCGAGAGCGAAGUGUGAGGGAGUUCCUGCCACCCUCCGCCGUGCUUUAUCUCAGCCAUCGUUACCUAAUAAACACACCCGUAUUUAGAGCUGGUACAAACACACCGAGACGAAAUAGGUACAAACGCAGUAACAUAUGUAAACUAACGGUACAUAUGAACCUGGUUAGACACAACUAAGCUGCCAUAAAACAAUACUUCUCUCUGAAACUGGGGCUCCGUCCUACUUGUGCACACAUGCAGUACAGUCCUCCCAGCAGCACCCUCAGUGCUACUGCCUGUAGGCAAAAUGAUAAACUAAGGAGCGCGCUGGAAUAAGAAAGCAACAGGACUCUGGGGAGGAAGUGAACAGAGAGACAUGAGCGUUACGUGGAGCCUUUUUUAAGGACUCUCAGUGUGCUGCUCUGUGUGCUACUUCACCUUUAUUUUUUGUGAACCUUUUUUUUUGGACGAAGCUAAAUCGACAUACUCCCUGGAUGAUGUAACCACGACGCUCUCUCUCUCUAAUACCACUCAUGUCUUUAUGAACCCUAUUUAUGAACUUGUUUUUGUUUUUUUUUUUUUACUUGUGGCGUGGGUUUGCUGACUUUUCAGAGAAUGAUCGAGAGUGUUCCGGUUUUGUGCAGCAGGACCAGGUUAUUCGAGAGUUGUAUUUAUGACAGUGCCAAAGGGUGGGGCUUCACAGAGUCUCCAUGCUUCUUUCUCCAUUUACACGUCAAUAGAGAUUUAUCUUCAGUAUGGGAUGUUGUGUUUCGGAGACCUCAGCGACGACAUUUACUUCUGAUUUCUUAUUUUACGACCUCCAACAGAUCAAACAAGAAAUUACUGUAACGGGAACUCUCAGUCGGUUGCAGAAGUCCAUUCGCUCUCUGCAAAAGUAACCUGAAAGGAGCCUUUUGUUUUCUUUUUUUUAAAAGUUGUAAUUCUAUCUUUGCUGAUCCUUGGGCAUAGUAGAAGAAGCCUCGAUGAAGUAACAGCCUAAGUGCCAAACAUUUCAUUCUUUUUCUUCCUUCAGCUAUAAUAUUUAUUUUUCUUAGAGGUUUUAAAAUGUACGAGACGUUUUCUCACCUACCGCUACUGCUGUUUCAGCCAUGCAGAUGGUUGAGGUUCUAUUUACCAAGAUAUUACACAUACAUCUCUGGGAUUUCUUCUGGUCAUUCAUGGGUCUUCCCCACAAACAUACCAGAAAAAGAAGCAUGUUCCUGAUGUUUACUAUUUAGAUAACUGAUUCCAUACUGUAGCACUUACUGUUAAAAUUUGAAGCUCUUUGUGUUAAAAAAAGAAAAAAAUCAGCAACAACUCAUUAUUUUGCUCAAUAAGACAAAUAUUCUCAUCUCUUUUUUCUUUGCAGAUGCAUGCAUUGUUUUAAUCAGUGUUGUCCACCCACAUGUCCUUUUUCCAGCUUCAUUGCUGAGAUGUAUUCUUAGCUGGUAAUAGAGAGUAUUUAUUAAAGUCUGCUUCAAAUGGAAAUAUUUUCUUUUUUAAUUUAUUUAUUACCAUUGCAGUUUAAAAAGUCCAGAAAUGGUUAGAUUUUUAGAAAUUUGCAUCACCACAAAGGCUGGUGUGAUUUUAAAAUUAGAGUUUCACUUUGGCUCUGAUUUAUUGGGACGGCUUCAGAGGCAAAUAUAUCAAAAACUUGGCACAUAGAACUAAAAGUAUCUGCUCGGCCAAACAGUACUAGAGGUAAAUGAGAACUUUUUUUUCUUUUUUGUUUUGGCAAUUUGAUCCAUCUACUCUUAAGUCUGUAAUGCAAAGGUGCACUCACAGUAUCUGCCACAGUACAGUCUAACAAAUGGGUAACUUAGAAACACUGUGCAUGUCUGACCCCGUCAGACAGUGAGGGUUCUAGUUUAGAAAUUUAUCACUGACAACUUACUGAAAAAUGAUUUUAAUUCAAGUAAAGAUAUCGUGCAUCGCUUUAACUUUAAAGUACCAUGCUGUCUGUUUCAACCGUGGUACGAGGAAAUACUAUAUUGCUAUAUUGACAAAUAUAUCUGUUAGACGUUCUAGAACCGUGUAUUUUGAAGUACCUGCUACAAGCUCAGCAACGUUGCUGAUUUGCUGCUAGACGAAGCACUGAGGCCAAUGAAAGAGGGUCUUGGCAGCUACAAAACUACAGUCUCUGACGGUUGGUUGACAGUAGGCCUCCAGAGCAUCACGGCGACCCAGUAUCCAAUUCUCCUGGCUCACAGUCCCUCCAACUCUGCUGCAGGAAUGCUAAAAACUGUACAGAUUUUAUCAUGUGGAUAUAAGCAAACAUUUCUGUUGAUAUUGCGUUGAUUAAGUUGUAUAGUCUUUUGUACAAAGGGAUUUCAUGACCGUUUCUUGACUUGUAUUAAUUUUACUCACUGGAGAAAAACUUUUUUUUUGUUUUGUUUUGUUUUUUGCUGGAUUUAUUUUAACCACUGUGUUUCCAAACCUUGUAAAUGAUAGGGAAGAUGCCAGUUAUUUAAUAGUGCUCUUUUAUCUUCUGAAAUACUGGUCACAUAUAGCUGUUGUAAAGUUAACAAAAAGAGGUAUUUAUGAUUUUUUUUGUUUGGUUGUCACUUGAUGUGUAAAUAUGAAAAGACUGUAUAUGUAUUUCCAUGGCAGUACUAACAAGCUGUGUUGUGUGAUAUAGUGAAUUAUCCCUUUGCUAUCUUUUAAUAUAAAAUUGCAUUUGCAUUUCAAUGAAA